AUGGCCUCCUCGUUCCUCACCACGGGCAAAAAGAUUGUAGCCAUCGGGCGCAACUACGCCGCGCACGCCAAGGAGCUCAAGAACGCCCCCACCACGUCGUACCUCGUCGCGCCUUCGCCCAUCGAGAUCCCGCGCGGCGUAGAGGCCCACUACGAGGUCGAGCUCGGCGUCGUCGUCGGCGGCACUCCCGGCCGCCCCAUCCGCGACAUCCCCGCCGCAGAGGCCAUGUCCCACGUCGCCGGCUACACGCUCAGCAUCGACAUGACGGCGCGCAACGUCCAGGACAAGGUGAAAAAGGCAGGCCUGCCCUGGUCCACGGCCAAAGGGUUCGACACCUUUACCCCCACCUCGGGCUUCAUCGACCGCGCAAACGUUCCCGACCCCUCGGACCUCCGCCUCUGGCUCAAGGUCAACGGACAGACAAAGCAGCACGGCACCACGGCCGACAUGAUCUUUGACAUCCCCACCCUCAUCCAGCACGUCAGCGGCAUCAUGAGCCUCGAGGCGGGAGACCUCAUCCUCACCGGCACCCCGCAGGGCGUCGGGCAGGUCGUCGACGGCGACCUCAUCGAGGCCGGCCUCGAGACCCCCGAUGGAAAGUCGCUCGAGCAGAUCAAGUUUGAGGUCAAGAACCGCGUCGGAGGCUACCGAUUCAAGCUCUGA